GGAAUCCCCACAAUAACGAGUAAAUGCAAUCGCUGCUGGGGGAGGCCGACUCCAUAGCCUCAGCGCCCAAGCAAGGGUCUCCUGGCCUUGAUCCCCCUUUCCCUUCAUCAUCACGCACACGAAAAUAGCUAUGGUGGCCGAACUCUUGCAAGACGACAUGGACUUUACGCCCAAAUGCCAUGCAGCGCUAAACGAAAUAUUCGCCCGCUACGACCUCGACAAGGAUGGCGCUCUGAACUCUGACGAGCUCACGGCCUUUGCGCUAUUCACCAACGGCGAGCCCUUCAGCGAGGCGGACCUGAAGGACAUUCGCGAGAACCUCGAGUGCACGGAAAAUGGCGAUCUGCUGCGCGAAGGAUUCGUUCAGCUCUAUAACCUGCAGACGAACGCCGGCGACGAGGAGGAGACGUGGAAGGACUUGAGAAAGCACGGGUACGACGAUAAUCUCGAUCUCUGUGAACAAAUAGCUUUUUGGGAAAAUGUACAGCAGGAGCGAACGGACAAGCAAUCCAUAGUCGACUCUUUCAAGUGAAAGGGAUAGUGCCGAUUA